UACACACUCAUAGAUUUUUUAGUGACUAAAUAAAGUUUAAUUGAAUUAAAAUGAACUAUUAUGAAUUACUUGGAGUUACUUUUGAAAGUACAGAAAAUGAGAUUUUAAAAGCCUAUAGAAAAAAAGCGUUGCUAUGUCAUCCUGACAAAAAUCCAGAUAAUCCAAAAGCAGCUGAGUUGUUUAUUGAAAUUGCUGAAGCAUUGAAGAUUUUGACAGAUCCUAAAGCACGAGAAGCUCUUAACAAAGUCAUAAAAGCAAAAGAAGCAGCCAAGCUUAGAACAAAAGCUUAUGAUGCAAAGAGAAAAAAGUUUAAAGAGGAUUUGGAAAACAGAGAAAAAGCUGCACAAGAAGCCGUCAGCAAUGAUACUUUAAAUGCUGAAAGACUUGCUGCAGAGAUUAAAAGACUACGCUCUGAAGGAUCUCGUUUGCUAAAAGAACAGCAACUGCUAGUUGAAAAGCAACUUAAUGAAGAUCGACUAAAAAAACAUGCUGAAACUUCACCUAAACUAAAAGUAACAUGGGCUUGUUCAAAUGACCAUCAAAAUGGUGGGUAUAACGAAAGGGUUCUUAAACAAUGUUUUGAAAAGUACGGACCAGUUUCAGCAAUUGUAUUAUCUAAGAAAAAUGGUUUAGCCAUUGUCGAAUUUAUGCAUCAUAUUCAUGCGAACAUGGCUUUAGAGUUUGAAAAAGGGCUUGAUGAAAAUCCGUUUCAGUGCUCUUGGUUAGAAGGGGCAAACUUUGAAAAAUCGCAAAAAAAACAGGUUUCUUCAUUACAAAAGAUGACAGGUACAGCUAAUCAAUCAACAGACUCUGAUUUUGAAAGCAUUGUACUUGCAAAAAUGCGUCAAGCUGAAGAGAGAAAACGUCUUGCACAAAAAAUAAUGGAAGAAGAUGCAGCUUCGCAAUAGAACUUUUUGAUCUUAUGAAGAUCAUAUAUAAUUCUUUUUUAUAGUCGGAAAAGUGGGAUGGCAUAGACAUAACAAUUGAUUGUAGUCGAUAAAAAGCCGUUACCAUAAUAAAGGUUUUUUAUUUUAUGUGCGGUAUUUAAAUGAAAUCGAAUUAUAUUUAGUUACUA